CCAUCAGGCCAACCCUAGUGGUUUAUCAUUUUUAAAGUAUUUAUGAUACUGAUGAACAGAAUAAUAAUUCUAUCCAUUUUUAUAAAAUAAUCAAAUGUGAGAUUCAUAAUGCAUUGGUUUUAGAAGAUAGUUUUCUCAAAAGCAAAUACAUGAUUACAUUUUUUUUCUUUCUUCAUUUUAUUACACAGAUUAUACGAUAAAGAUAACCUUAAAAAGAAGAUGGCCAAUUUUUGGAGCAUGAUUUGUGGGAACUAUGGUUCUUAUGAGAAUGACAAAGAAAUUGGUGAGAGCCUUUGUGCUCCUUUAAAUGGUCAGUUCAAUGAAGUUGAUUCUGUUAGCAAUGUAACUCCAUUUUCUAAAUCUGGAUUCAUUAGUAAGAUUUGGUUUUGGUGGUUGAAUCCAUUAAUGAAAAGGGGUCAAGAAAAGACGCUUCUCGAUGAGGAAAUCCCAGGUUUAAGAGAGUCCGAGCGAGCAGAAACUUGUUAUUUUUCAUUUGUAGAACAGUUAAACAAACAAAAUCAACAUGAACCAUCAUCACAUUCGUCCGUUUUAUGGACAAUAAUUGCGUGCCACCAAAGAGAGAUUUUGAUAACCGGAUUCUUUGCUUUGCUCAAGGUACUCACUCUAUCUUCUGGUCCUUUACUUCUGAAUGAGUUUAUAUUGGUUGCUGAAGGCAAUAAAAGUUUUGAAUAUGAAGGUUAUGUAUUGGCAAUAUCACUUUUCUUUAUAAAGAUCCUAGAAUCCUUAUCGCAACGACAAUGGUAUUUCCGUAGUAGGCUUAUAGGGAUGAAGGUCAGAUCACUACUUACUGCAGCCAUUCAUAAAAAAAUAUUAAGGCUAUCCAACUCUGCUAGAUUAGUUCACUCUAGUGGCGAGAUAAUGAAUUAUAUGACUGUGGAUGCUUAUAGAAUUGGAGAAUUUCCAUUUUGGUUUCACAAGACUUGGACAACAAUUCUUCAACUGUGUAUUGCAUUAGUGAUUCUUUUUCGUGCAAUCGGACUUGCAACCGUAGCUUCACUGGUAGUGAUAAUUCUCACCGUGCUUUGCAACACUCCGCUAGCAAAGCUACAACACAAGUUUCAGAGCAAACUAAUGGUGGCGCAAGAUGAGAGAUUAAAAGCGAGUUCUGAGGCUCUUGUGAAUAUGAAAGUGUUGAAGCUAUAUGCAUGGGAAACCCAUUUUAAAAAUUCCAUAUAUUACCUAAGAAAUGUGGAACUCAAGUUGUUAUCUGCAGUGCAAUUAAGAAGAACAUACCUUGUCUUUCUUUUUUGGAGCUCACCGAUGUUGGUGUCUUCGGCUUCUUUUCUGGUCUGUUACUUCUUGAAAGUUCCUUUGCAUGCAAGUAAUGUUUUCACUUUUGUGGCAACAUUACGCCUUGUUCAAGAUCCUAUUACAGGUAUUCCAGAUGUUAUUGCGGUGAUUAUUCAAGCAAAAGUUGCAUUUGCUAGGAUUGUUAAUUUUCUCCAAGCACAAGAACUGCAAAGUGAAAAUUUUAAGAACCGAUGCUUAAAUGAUAACCUUAAAGGCUCAGUCUUUAUCGAAUCGGCUGACUUUUCAUGGGAAAGUAAUGCAAUAAAGCCAACACUAAGAAGCAUAAAUUUGGACGUUAAACAUGGACAAAGGGUGGCUAUUUGUGGCGAAGUUGGCUCAGGAAAAUCAACCAUCUUAGCAACAAUUCUUGGAGAAAUUUCUAACACAAAAGGAGAUAUUGAAGUUCACGGGAAGUUUGCAUAUGUUUCUCAAACAUCAUGGAUACAAACAGGUACAAUACGGGAAAAUAUUUUAUUUGGAUCCGAAUUGGAUGAUCAAAGAUAUCAAGAAACACUUCGAAGGUCUUCAUUGGUAAAGGACCUCGAGUUGUUUCCCUAUGGUGACCUCACUGAAAUAGGUGAGAGAGGAGUUAAUUUAAGUGGAGGUCAAAAACAACGAAUUCAACUUGCUCGUGCUCUCUAUCAAAAUGCUGAUUUAUAUCUAUUGGAUGAUCCAUUUAGUGCUGUUGAUGCGCAUACUGCAAAAAAAUUGUUCAAUGAAUACAUCAUGGAAGGACUCAAAGGGAAAACUAUCUUACUUGUGACUCAUCAAGUCGACUUCCUCCCAGCAUUUGAUUACAUUUUGUUGAUGUCAGAUGGCGUAAUCCUACAAGCUGGUUCAUAUCACGAUCUACUGACCUCAAGUACAGAAUUCCAAGGCCUUGUCGGUGCUCACAAAAACACCGCUGGUUCUGACCAGCUUCUGAAUGCUAAUUUUUCACAGAGACAUUCAACUUCUAUAAAGAUUACACAAGCUUUAGUGGAGAAGCGAUUUGCAGCACCAAAUGGAAAACAAUUAAUCAAGCAAGAAGAAAGAGAAAGAGGAGACUUAGGAUUGAGGCCGUAUUUACAAUAUAUGAAUCAGAUGAAAGGCUAUAUAUACUUUGUUGUGGCGUCCCUUUGUCACCUUAUUUUUGUUGUCUGUCAAAUAUUUCAAAACUCAUGGUUGGCGGCUAAUGUUGACAAUCCCCGUGUCAGCACGUUGCAAUUGAUUUUAGUUUAUUUCCUUAUCGGUGUUUCUUCAACAUUUUUCUUACUGAUCAGAAGUCUACUUUUGGUUGCUUUGGGUCUUCAAUCAUCGAAGAAUUUAUUUUCACUGUUGAUGAACUCCCUCUUUCGUGCACCCAUGUCCUUUUAUGAUUCUACACCAUCAGGAAGGAUACUUAGUAGGGUCUCAUCUGAUCUGAGCAUUAUGGAUACUGACAUCCCAUUCAGCCUCACUUUUGCUGUGGCAGGAACUCUAGUAUUUUAUUCCAGUCUAACAGUUUUGGCAGUUGUCACUUGGCAAGUCUUGGUUCUUGCUAUUCCAAUGGUUUAUGUUGCAAUUUACUUGCAGCGAUACUACUUUGCGGUAGCAAAAGAAGUAAUGAGGAUAAAUGGCACAACAAAAUCCUCUAUAGCUAAUCAUGUAGCUGAAACUGUUGCUGGAGCUAUGACAAUAAGGGCUUUUAAGGAGGAGGCUCAUUCUUUUGAGAAGAACCUUUGUCUAAUUGAUUUAAAUGCUAGUGCUUUUUUCCAUAGUUUUGCUUCAAAUGAGUGGUUGAUCCAACGGUUAGAAACAAUCAGUGCAGUCGUUCUCACUGCUGCAGCACUUUGCAUAGUUAUGCUACCCUCUGGAACUUUCACCUCAGGAAUUAUUGGCAUGGCUCUAACUUAUGGCCUUUCACUAAACGGUGCCUUAAUAUUUUCAAUUCAAAAUCAAUGCACUCUUGCAAAUAACAUAAUAUCAGUAGAGAGGCUAAAUCAAUAUAUGCAUAUAGAAAGUGAAGCGGAAGAAAUAGUAGAAGAAAAUCGUUCUCCUUCGAAUUGGCCAGUUGCUGGCAAAGUAGAAAUAAAUGACUUGAAGAUUCGUUACAGACCUGACGGACCACUAGUACUUCACGGGAUCACAUGCACAUUCAAAGCAGGGCACAAGAUUGGUAUCGUCGGAAGAACAGGCAGCGGGAAAUCCACUCUUAUCAGUGCUUUAUUUCGUCUUGUGGAACCAGCAGGAGGAAAAAUUAUAGUCGAUGGAAUAGACAUAUCAUCUAUUGGUCUUCAUGAUUUGAGGUCACGUUUUGGUAUUAUACCUCAGGAGCCUACCCUUUUUAAUGGGACAGUAAGAUAUAAUUUGGACCCUUUAUCUCAACACACUGAUCAAGAGAUAUGGGAGGUUCUUGGGAAGUGUCAGUUGCGAGAAGUUGUCCAAGGAAAAGAAGAGGGUUUAAACUCAUCAGUUGUUGAAGAUGGAUCAAAUUGGAGCAUGGGACAAAGGCAGUUAUUUUGUUUGGGGCGUGUACUUUUGAGGCGAAGUAGGAUAUUGGUGUUGGACGAAGCAACUGCUUCAAUUGAUAAUUCUACUGAUCUUAUUCUGCAGAAAACCAUUAGGGCUGAGUUUGCAGAUUGUACGGUGAUCACAGUAGCACACAGGAUACCAACUGUAAUGGAUUGCACUAUGGUUCUUGCUAUAAGUGAUGGAAAACUAGCGGAGUAUGACGAGCCAACGAACUUGAUGAAGAGAGAAGAAUCAUUGUUCAGGAAGCUUGUCAAGGAAUACUGGUCAAAUUCUCAGUCUGCAGAAUCGAAUUAAUGCGAGCAAUGAUUUCAUUUAUUCCAGCAAUAUUUUGUCUUUUUUCCUCUCUUGUACAAGCAAUAAGUCCAGAAACUUAGUAGGAUGUAAAAUGUGUUAUGUUGUGAUACCUGAGAGAUGAGAAAGAAACGAGCGGACUGAAAAAAAAAUAAAAAAAGGUGAUCAAAUGUACCAUCUCUAGAAUGAUAUAUGAGCUUCAUUGAAA